AUGAACGCUGAAAUGGGCUACCACAACCAGGUCAUAAGUGAUCUGGGGGUUUCACAACGUUUGGGUAACUCGGUGCUAUCUGAACUGGAUUAUCGAGCCAAUUUUAAAGCAUGCAAUUCUAUCUCAAAAAUACACAAUUCUGGGGAACACGACGAGCAUCGAGGGCGAGAUCGCUUUCAAUCCACGCACCGUAUAAACUUUGAUACCAUGGACUCCAUCGAUGAUCAUUAUGCUGCGAAAAAGGCCUCGACAAACGAUACAACAUUGCAACCAAAUGAUCCGAACAGUACUGAUCUGAACUUCAAGGAAAACGUGGCGGUACCGGCCACACCGAAACGCGAAUCUGACGGUGUAACUCAAAACUCAAGCAAACGAAUGCGAGACCUGGAUGGUAGGCGUCGUGACAGCGAUGUUUUCGUUCACAGCCCGGUUUCUGACAUCACAAGAAGAAUACGAAGGCUCCGGGUUCGAAACAAUAGCCAAACGCCGCGUAACAAUCAAGCCAAGAUCAACAGCGUACGAAAUACACCUCUAAAUCCUAUUAACAGACCAAGUUUUGAGUCGCAUGCGACAUUUGCAAAACCCACAUUCACUUCUAUCAGCCGAGAGACAAAGCCUGGAGCCAUUUUCUCAAAGCUGAAAAAACCAGACAAUGCCAACAAGUCAGUGUCAUCUUUUAGAAAAGGAGCCACCACAAAUCAACCUACUUUAUCACAACCACAUCCUUCCCCACCUGUUGUGGCUCCGUCUUCAGUUUUCCGCCGUCUUUACGAACAAAGUACAGUAUCAAGAUCUAAUUCGAGUCAAACUCUUUCAAAUGCUGGUGCGACGAAAGGCCCCGCGGUGCCGCCAAAGAAAACUUCUACGAUUCGUGCAUCGCAGACAAUGAGGAAUCUGCGACAGGAAGAAAGUCCGCGAAAAACAACGAUGUCGAAAUCGAAAUCAAGUUAUACAUUGUCAGCUGAGACAAGAAAUAGUACUAAUACCAGGCUUCCCAAGAGCACAAGUACAACACAGGUUAAACCAAUAUGGAGGUAA